AUGCCUACCCUUCAGGCCAUCACUUUAGCCGUCUUUAGCGGUCUACAGGUAGUUGCUGCAUCAGGCUACCCAAGAGCUGAAGAACCGAAGCUACGUGCAGAGUAUGAUUUUGUAAUUGUGGGAGCUGGAGCUGCUGGCCUCACUGUUGCAAACCGAUUGACUGAAGAUCCCGCUGUGACCGUACUCGUCAUUGAAGCCGGCGAUUUCGACAAGAACGAAGACUACGUGACCAUCCCUGGUCUUGCUGGAGGAGCAGUGGGAACUUCAUAUGAUUGGAAUCUAACUUAUCCUGCAACCGAAUCUUUGAACGGUCGCAAUGUCUCGAUCCCGUUGGGCAAAGUAGUCGGAGGAUCGACGAAGCUGAACCGUAUGAUCUAUGAUCGAGGAUCAAAGUCCGACUAUGAUCGUUGGGCUGAGCUCGGUAACAGUGACUGGCAGUGGAAGUCUCUACUGCCUUACUUCAAGAAGAACGAGAAAUUCACUCCUCCUACAGCUGAGAUCAAGAGUAAGUAUGGAGUUACCGUCGAUCCUUCUGCCCAUGGAUCUUCAGGCUUUAUCCAGACUACUUACUCGCCAUUUUUCUGGCCCAUCACGAAGAACUUCGUGCAAGCCGUCGGGGAGCUCGAUAUCAGCGUUGCCUUUGACCAAGCAAACGGUAACGCCAUCGGAGGAUACUUCUGUCCUCACAACACCAACCCCAAGACCAUCACCCGAUCCUCUGCGCAAGACUACUACAGUGCCGUCUCUAGCCGCAAGAAUCUCCAGUUGCUCUCAGGUCACCAAGUCACACGUGUGCUCACCAAGAAGAGUGGAAAGUCUGUCAUGACCACUGGCGUUGAGUUCGCCAAGAGCAAAGGAAGUAAGAAGACGACGGUCAAGGCGAAGAAGGAAGUCAUUCUUGCCGCUGGUUCAAUUCACACUCCUCAAAUCCUCCAGGUCUCUGGAAUUGGUGAUCCCGCUUUAUUGAAGAGUAUCGAUGUUCCUGUCGUUGUUGAUCUUCCGGCUGUUGGCCAAAACUUCCACGACCACGUUUUGCUCGCAGUUAUCAGCACUAUCAAUGCACCUCUUCAAACUGGCAACCUGACGAGCAACGCCACCUUUGCAGCUGAAGCCCGUGCUCAGUAUGACAACCAAAAGAAGGGACCUUACACUUCUCCUACCGGAGACUUCCUUCUUUUCAUGCCUCUCUCAAACUACACAAGCUCUGCUUCGGACAUCCACAAGAAGGCAUCCAGCCAAGACGGCACUAAGUUCCUACCCUCAGGUACUCCUUCAGAGGUUGCCAAUGGUUACAAGAAGCAGCAAAAGGUCCUCAACGACAAGUUGCUUGACACGAACUCUGCUAUUCUCGAGGUCAUAUGGAGCGACGGCACUGCAAUUCUCGGCCUUCAGCACCCAUACUCUCGUGGAUCUGUCAAGGCCAAGUCUUCCGACAUCUUUGACUCUCCGGAAGCCAACCCCGAGUUCUUGAAGAACCCUCUUGAUGUCGCGCUUCUCGUCGAAGGUGUUAAGUUUGCCCGAAAGCUCUCCGGUGCACCUUCUAUCAAGUCUCUUAGCCCCUUGGAAAUACUCCCUGGCGCUGACGUGACAAGCGACAGCGACAUUGAGAACUUUGUUCGUUCAAAUGCUGCAACUCUCUUCCAUCCCGCUGGUUCCUGCAAAAUCGGCAGCCGCAGCGAGGGUGGUGUAGUUGACCAGAAGCUUCGUGUUUACGGCAUUUCUGGUCUGAGGAUUGUUGAUGCUAGUGUCAUGCCUCUUCUGCCCGCAACACACACCAUGAGCACUGUGUACGCCAUGGCUGAAAAGGCUGCGGACUUGAUCAAGCAAGGUUAG